AUGAUUCAUUUUUUGGCGCUUUUUAGUCGCCAAGGCAAAGUAAGACUGCAGAAAUGGUUUGUCUCGUACACGGACAAAGAAAAAAAGGCAAUUUUGCGAGAAGUUAUGGCUCUGGUUCUUGCUCGAAAACCUAAGAUGUCUUCUUUUCUUGAAUGGAAAGACAUGAAACUGGUGUACCGGAGGUAUGCUAGCCUCUAUUUCCUUUGUGCCAUUGAACCCGAGGACAAUGAACUCUUAACCUUGGAAAUUAUCCAUCGCUAUGUUGAAAUUCUGGAUAAGUAUUUUGGAAACGUGUGCGAACUCGACAUAAUCUUCCACUUUGAAAAAGCCUACUUCGUACUCGACGAGUACCUGUUCGCAGGUGAGGUCGAAGAAUCGGGCUACCGAAGCAUUAUGGCAGCUGUGGACGCCCAGGACAUGCUCCAAGAAGACGAGGUUCCACAGAGCUUCUUUGAGGAUCAGAGCCUGAAUUGA